AUGCCCAGUACACAUCCGCACGUCGUCGUACUCGGAGGCGGAAUCGCAGGCCUCACCGCAGCCCGCAACCUCGCAGCGCACGGCAUCAACGUCACCCUUCUCGAGGCACGCAAUCGCCUCGGCGGUCGCAUCCACACCUCCCACUUCCACCACGGCGGCCACGAUGGCGACCAAGGCUGCACUUCCCCUUCCCCGUCCACCGCCGCUACCACGUCCCGUCCCGUAGACCUCGGAGCCAGCUUCAUCCACGGCAUCGUCGGCAACCCGCUCAUUGACCUGGCAAAAGAGGUCCCCCUGGCCAUCGCACGUCCCAACGAGGCUUCCACGCGCUACCUUCUAGAUCGAUCCGGCGGCAAGUCCCUCGACCGCGACCUCGCACAGCGCAUCGACUUUUUUUCCCACGCCACCACCUUCCAACGCCUCCAGCGCGCCGCACAGCACGGACACCGCACCCCGCUCCCGCAAGAGAGCAUCUGGUCCGGCCUCGUAGACGCAAAGUCCUACCCUGACGUGUGGAAGGGCAUCGACGACGCAGAGAAGGACUGCAUCCUCAGCGUCGCCUCGCUCUGGUCCGGCUGGACCGGCGCCCGCCUGUCGGACGUGUCGCUGAGGUGGUGGGGGUUCGAACAGGAAUUCCCCGGCGAAGACGUCGUCGUCCAACCCGGCUACUCGCACCUCGUCGAGUGGUCUGCCGACAAGAUCAGGCAGGCAGGCGGCCGGAUCGUCACCCAGCGCCGCGUCGAGGCCGUCGAGCUCCUCUCUGAUGAUCGAGUGCGGGUGACUGCCACCGACGUCAGCACCGCCUCGCAGCCGACGGUCGAGUACGAGGCGACGCACGUCAUCACCGCGCUCCCGCUCGGCGUCAUGCAACGUACACCGCCGCGCUUCGACCCUCCCCUCCCACCGCGGCGGACGGAAGCGUUGCAGCGACUCGGCAUGGGCCUGCUCAACAAGAUCGUGCUCUCCUACGACCGAGCCUGGUGGCUCAACGCCGACGACGGCGAGGCCGAUGCGUGGCUGUUUCUCCUUCCCUCGGACUUUGGCUCGCACGACGCUGCGACCACGCACCGCACGGCGCGGCAACAAGCUGCGAUGCCGUCGGACGAGGACGAGGCCAGGACACUGAUCGAAAGCGGCGGGAUGGCGGUGAUGGACUACAGCGCCGUGAAUGGGCAUCCGGUCCUCGUCGCCUAUGCCGGUCCGCCCGUCGCACAGGCCCUCGAAAUGGUCCCGCCGCAAUGGACGGUAUCGACGCUGCAUUCCAGGCUGGUCCAGAGCCUCGUUCCCCCCCACCGUCGCGCCGGGGCAGAUGCGAUUCCGGACGCACCUACAUCCUCGACGGUGACACAGUGGGGACGCGACGAGUACAGCCGAGGCUCCUACUCUUUCCUCCGUCGUGCCUCCUCCCCGUCCGACGGCGAAGAGGAGGAGGGAGAGGGGAAGGGGGAGGGAUCGAGUCCGUUGGAUAUGCUCGAAUGCGGCAAACCCCUUUGGCAGGGUCGGUUGGGCUUCUGCGGAGAACAUACCGAACCAAACUGCUACGCGAGCGUACACGGCGCUCUGAUGGAAGGCGAACGCGAAUCGAAACGCAUCGUCAACCUCCUUCGGCUAGAAGAGGCAUCCAUCAACGACGCACCAGGUACCUGA